AUGGAGCGGCGCAUAAUGUUAUUGGUGGCAGUUAAAAGGCUAAAAGAUCUAAAUUUCACAGGAGAAUUGCAAUUUCAAACUGAAACAGAGAUGAUUGGUUUAGCUCUUCACCGUAGCCUCUUACGUUUAAAUGGCUUUUGCAUGACACCUGAUGUGAGAUUGCUUGUUUAUCCUUAUAUGCCAAAUGGAAGUGUUGCUGAUCGCUUAAGAGGUUCUGCAUACUUCUCAAAUUUGAGCUUUCAUCAGUUUGCAACUAGCCUAGCUUUCUUCAUCCUUUUGUUUUCCCUUUCUCAGAAGCCUUCUCUGAAUUGGAAUAGAGGAAUGCAUAUUGCCCUUGGACUUCUUUAUUUACAUGAGCAGUGUAAUCCAAAAAUAAUUUACAGGGAUGUGAAAGCUGCAAAUAUUUUUCUUGACGAAAGUUUUGAAGCUGUGUUCAAGUGCAUGGUGCUUUACUUAGAGAAAGCUCUGGGGCCUGCAAAAACACAAAGUUACAAACCAUGGUUGCCAGAAAUAUUUUGGUUAGAACGUUAUUUGCAUGACGAGAAGAGGCUUGAAGUGCUGAUAGAUAGGGAUUUGAAGGGAUGUUUUGAUGCAUUAGAGUUGGAAAAAACAGCAGAGCUGGCUCUGCAGUGUACUCAGUCAGAACCGCACCAUCGCGGAAAGAUGUCGGAAUUUUUGAAGGUCCUGGAAGAUCUUGUGCUUUUAUUGUUAGUAAAAAGAUUUGUGGCCGAUAGCAGAAUGGCAAUCUUCAAUACUAGGAAGCAUCGAGCCAAGCUUGAUUGA